CUCUCUCUCCUUCCCUCUCUUUAUUUAAUCCUCACGCUAAAUCCUCUCUUAAUCUUUCGAUUCUUUAAAUCUCUUCACCCAAUUUUUUCUCCCAGAUCUGCAACAAUGGCUUCCACGGCUCCUCCGAUCCUCCCGAUCUCCAAUUCGCAAACCGUCCCAUCCGCCGCUCCUUCCUCCGUCGAAUCUCAGCCACCGAUUGCAACUCCGGCGUUCCGUGCCUUCAUCAAUCAGAUCUCAGAAACCGUCAAAAACGGCCUCUCGCAGCGUCGCCCCUGGGCUGAGCUCGCCGAUCGCUCCGCAUUAUCCAAACCGGAGUCGAUUUCCGACGCCGCGGUUCGGAUCCGCAAAAACUACUCGUAUUUCAAGGUCAAUUACCUCACCGUCGCGACGGCGAUCGUCGGGUUCUCUCUCGUCACGCAUCCUUUCUCUCUCGUCUUCCUUCUCUGCCUCCUCGCCUCUUGGCUCUUCCUCUACCUAUUCCGUCCCUCCGAUCAGCCGAUCGUCGUCCUCGGCCGCACGUUAUCCGAUCGGGAGACGCUCGGGUGCCUGAUCCUGUUUAGCAUCUUCGUGAUUUUCCUCACCGACGUUGGAUCUGUUCUUGUCUCGGCUAUGAUGGUUGGAGUCGCGUUGAUCUGUGCACACGGUGCGUUUAGGGCUCCGGAAGAUCUGUUCUUGGAUGAGCAAGAGAAUGUAGCCACCGGAUUCCUCUCUUUCCUCGGCGGCGCCGCCUCAUCUGCCGCGCCUGUUGUCGUUGCCGCUCGCGGGUAGAACUCUUAAUCGUCUCUGAUCUACCAGUCCGUCUUGCCAUCUUUCGAUUUGUUCUGAUUACGGUGGCAUAUGUACAAUCGAAAGAGUCCAAUUUGGUAUAUGCAAGUUCCAUUCAAAUUU